CACCGGCUAACCGCGCUCCUCCACCCGGACACGGUGCACCUUUCCCGGGGAGGAGACCUCCACACGGACCGGGCCUCUUCGUCCCCCGGGGCUCUCGUUUCCUUCUCCUCUCCGCGCGUGUCUGAGGACAGAGGUGUUACUCUUUCUCACGCGCGCACACACUUUCUGAUUCGGGGCGCGUGCACGGCCGUGUGGUGGAUUUGUGAAUGGUUUUACAACCUCUGGAUUAAGCCGCCGCUCGGACUAGUGGACUACCGACCUGCCGGACUACGGGACCAGAUGAAAGGAUGCUGCAGGAUCCUGACGAGGGUCUGAGCCCGACCUGACCCCUGGACCCCUGGACCCCUGGACCCCCACCAUGAACCUGCUGUGCCGCGGCCGACUGAAGCUGCUGGUGGCGUCGCUGACGGCCGGCGUGCUGCUCACCUGGCUCUACCUGCUGGCCGGGAACCUGGAGAGCGGACGCUCCCUCCUAUUGGCUCCCUGCCCGGCCGGCGGCCCGGAGCAGGCCGCGCUGGAGUCGCGGGUUCUCGAGGCGGAGGAGGAGAACCGGCGGAUCCGGCUGCAGCUCGGCCGCCUGCAGGCCGGUAACUACGGCAACCAGCAGUGGGGGGCGUCGGCCGACACCGGGCCGGACGACGGGGACACGGCGGAGGACAGGAACCACACGGACUGCCCCCGAUCGGCCCCGGGGGUCAAGUGUGAGCUGAUCCAUGUAGCUUGUGUUUGUGCCGGUCACAACGCCACCAGAGACGUCGUCACACUGGUGAAGUCCAUCCUCUUCCACAGGAGAAACCCUCUCCACUUUCACUUCAUCACCGACACAGUCGCACAGCAGAUCCUGAGCACCCUGUUCCGGUCCUGGAUGAUCCUCUGGUGGGACUCUGGUGGGACUGGUGGGACUCAAGGUACGACUCUGGUCCGACUCUGGUGGGACUCUGGUAGGACUCUGUCCGAGGUGUCGUGGAUACCCAACAAGCACUACUCUGGUGUCUACGGGCUGAUGAAGCUCACGCUCACCAAGGCGCUGCCCGGCCAGCUGGCCAGGGUCAUCGUCCUGGACACCGACAUCACCUUCGCCACCGACAUCGCCGAGCUGUGGGGCAUCUUCAGGAAGUUCACCGAUAAACAAGUGAUCGGCCUGGUGGAGAACCAGAGCGACUGGUACCUGGGGAACCUGUGGAAGAACCACAAGCCCUGGCCCGCGCUGGGCCGCGGCUUCAACACAGGUGUCAUUCUUCUCUACCUGGAGCGCCUGCGUCUGAUUGGAUGGGAGCAGAUGUGGCGGCUGACGGCGGAGAGAGAGCUCAUGAGCAUGCUCAGUACGUCUCUGGCAGACCAGGACAUCUUCAACGCCUUCAUCAAGCAGAACCCGAUUACCUGGGGUCUGGACGUAGCUCCACUCCCACUGGACCACCCGGUACCCCCCACCGUGGCGACCUCCGGCCGGUUCCUGCACCGCGGACCGGGCCACGAGCACAGCGGCGGCGGCGGAGGGGGGGUCGGCGGAGCGGGGGCCGGCGGAGGGGGCUCAUGA